GCUCCUGUGGGCGGUGCUGAGCUCCAGGAGGAGCCCGUCACCAAUGAGGACCGGGGAUCUCAAGCGGCGUCACCGUUUCACAGCCGGUCCCACGCUUUAAGAGCCGAGCCGAGCUUCUAGUCCUCACACUUUUCUACUUUGUUUAGAGAGACAAGAAGCUAAAUGGCAAGAACUAAACAGACCGCCCGUAAAUCUACCGGAGGCAAAGCCCCCAGAAAGCAGCUGGCCACCAAGGCUGCCCGUAAAAGCGCCCCGGCCACCGGCGGCGUCAAGAAGCCUCACCGUUACAGGCCCGGUACCGUGGCUCUGAGAGAGAUCCGUCGCUACCAGAAAUCCACCGAGCUGCUGAUCCGCAAGCUGCCCUUCCAGCGCCUGGUCCGAGAAAUCGCUCAGGACUUCAAGACCGACCUGCGCUUCCAGAGCUCCGCUGUCAUGGCUCUGCAGGAGGCCAGCGAGGCUUACCUGGUCGGUCUGUUCGAGGACACCAACCUGUGCGCCAUCCACGCCAAGAGGGUCACCAUCAUGCCCAAAGACAUCCAGCUGGCCCGCCGCAUCCGUGGAGAGAGAGCUUAAAGUUUACUCCUCCUCUAACACCAACAACAUCAACAACAAAGGCUCUUUUAAGAGCCACUUCACGCUGAACCAAAGAGCCAAGUCCUCUGCUGCUGUUACAUAAAUCCACAUUCAAAGGAUUUUAUCAUCAAUGACAAAUUAAGAGAAUUGCUAUAGUUCCGGAGGAGAGUUAGUUAUGUGGACCGCAAAAUCCCCUCAAAGGAAACAAUAUCCACAAUUACAGAUUAGUCUUCUUAGAUAUUAAAACCAAGCUAGUCCUUUUUACAGUAACUAAUCAAAACACUAACACCGUCUGACAAGCAGUUCUGAUUUCAGUUUUGAUAAGUGAAAUCUACCAGUGUUACAAAGAAGUGGAGUCUGCUGUGUGUGUAAUUCACAACAUUUAUAAAAUUCAACUGCUCAGAUGAAAUUAGAUUUAAACUGCAAAAACAUUUUUUGCACAUCUUGGAUUAAAUAAAAAAUUCUUCACAAGUGUUUUUUGAUAUAUUUGUCAUCUCUCAGGAAACCAUCCCACACUGGUGCAGCCAUGA